CGGCGUCGCGCGUCGCGCGAUGUCGCGCUUUGAGGUUAGGUAUCGAUCAGUGCGCUGGCGCCGUCUCGGCAGCGACGGGGACGCGAGAGCGGUGCUCGUCAUGUUCCCAUCCCGGCGGAUCCCGCCGACCCGCGCGAGUUAGGAAGUCCGGUGCCUCCGCUACGAUGACGACGUGCUGAUCGCGAAACAUGGCGCAGUCUAUCCUCGAUGCUCUGACAGAUGUCUCGCUGGACGGUUCCUCUGUGCAAUCCUUGCUGGAGUCGCAAACCUUGAUAGCUGAAGUCGAACAGUCAGCGAUUGAUCAAGAUGAGGAAGACAUAUUCCAAUGUGGCAAGUGCAAGAGCCAGUUUACAUCGCUUCAGAUGUUCGUACUCCAUAAGAGGACGCACCAGAAGACGCAACAGCAAGUGGAUUUGACUCAGUUCUUAACAAACGACGAGAGUCAGGUGAUGCACGUGGAAGAUGCCGCUCAAGAUGAGUCGCAGUACAAUUCGCAGGAAACCUUUCAGCUUGGAGAACCUAUUAUUCUCGAAGAAGCAGACAUGUUAUUUAGCGUGGACCAGGAUGCUGCUAAUUAUUUCAUGACAGACUCCACGUUCAGCGUACCGAUUAUCUUGAGUACAGAGAGCCUGGACACUUUCGGUAACGCUGCUAUCGAGGCGACGGAAGACUCGAGCGAGGUGCCGACGAUACAUCUACAAAACGACAUUAGCUCACAGGAGGACGCCUCCAGCCAGUCUGAACAACCUUGCGCCUCGUUGACGGACAACGAGCCAUCCCUGGCGGAAAACGAGCCGCCUUUAGAGGACAACGAAUCCUCUCUUGAGAACAACGAGACAUCCCUCCAAGAUCCACUCGGUGAAUCAGAAAAUGGCAUUAGUCGAACGCAGAACUUAAAGUAUAAGUGUGGUUAUUGCAACAAGCAGUUUGCAAAAAAAUUCUACUGGCAGCAACACGAACGUUCUCACACUGGAGAAAAGCCUUAUCAAUGCGUGGUGUGUGGUCGUGCAUUCGCGCAGAAGUCGAAUGUGAAGAAGCACAUGUCCUCGCACAAAGUAUGGCCCGGCACCGCCAUUCAUUCGUUACCACCAGAGGCACCUCCGGAUGGAAGUAUCGACCGCACAUACCAUUGCCAAUUCUGUAAGGAGACGUUUGACUCGUAUAAAGCUCUGAAAGGCCACCUAAUCGUCUCGCAUUUGGCGCUGAAAGUGUACAAAUGCGUGCAGAGCAGCUGCAGCAUGAUGUUUUCGGAUCUGGAAGAGUUUCUGGAGCACACGCGCAGCCACAAGUGCUCGGAAUACCGGUGCCACGUGUGCGGCGAAGUAUUCAGCACCCUAUCGGAUCUUGGUCACCAUCAGUACGUCCACUCCGUCCAGAAGCAGAAGACCACGGAGAAGUAUUACUGCUGCUCGACUUGCAAAUCAUCGUUCUCGAAUCUGGAGGCAUUGCAGCACCAUAAAGAAACCACCACACACAAUUACGCGUGCCUGCACUGCGGCAAGAGCUUUCUCAUUGAGAGAUUUCUGCGCCGCCAUCUCAAGACUCAUUCGGCAUCAGCAAGAUUCGCCUGCGAGGAUUGUGGCAAAGCUUUUAAAACCGAGCAGUACCUGGCCAAUCAUAAGCUGAUACACAGCGAGGAGACGCCUUUUACAUGUCCACAUUGCCCAGCCAGAUUCAAGCGGAAAGAUCGACUGGGCCGGCACAUGCUGAUUCACGAUCUGACAAAAAGGCUCAAGUGCCCAUUUCGCAACUAUCUGGGCUGCAUGAGUGAGUUUUCACGGCCAGACAAACUCAAACGACACUUGCUGACGCACAGCAACGUCAAGCGGUUCAGUUGCAGCCACUGCAAUCGCAACUUCCACCGGGCGCAAGCGCUCAAGCAUCACGAGAUGAACAAGCACAGUCUUAAGUGCGAUAUCUGUUCUCAUGCUUUUAAGACUAAGGAGCAGCUGGUUACUCACAAUUGCGAACAAUCGAACGAGACCAAGAAGCAUACGAGCUCGCAGCUACCGAAAAAAGCAUCCGGAUCAUUUAAGCCGAGGAAGCCCACCCCAAAGAGACAAACGUUAUCAAAGACUGCAAUCCCGCUCGCCGACAAAGAGAAAUUAGAAAAGCUUAAGACUGAUGAGAUAGAGAAAAAAAUCGCCUCCGAAACAUUUAAAUCUGGCGAUUUCAACGAAGAAUCCAGCAAAAAAAUAGGGAACGUUCCUCCCAUCUCGAAAGCAGUCGAAUCGGCCAGCGGUGAAUUAAACGAGCGCUCCGACUCGCCAGUUAUGGACUUCGAGAACGAUUUAAAACGCAACAUGGAGUUCUAUUCGCCCGACGCGAGCGAGUAGAGUUUUACAAUAUAUAUACCUAUAUACAUAUACGCGUAUAUAUAUAUUUUUGAUUCGUAUUUAAAUUGUACAUCAAUUAGGACGUAGACGAAUCGUCGUAGCACGUGCAAUGGGAUCAUCGGCGAAGGCGCAAGUUGCAUUUUAUAUUUGCGUACGGUAUUUUGUAGUUUACAUAUCUGUGAUAAUUGUAUUAUAAAUGCUCUAUCGACGUAAGUAACUUAUAUAUACAUUUGCGCGCACAUCGAAGAUGUUCGAUGUCGCUAAUUUCGAUUCUUCUAUGAGAAAACUCGUUGUAUAGGCACUGCUGUAGUUAUACUCCGAGUACCCUUUCGAACACUUUCGUUCGUUACAUUUUUUAACAAUUACAAAGCAUACGCACGAUAUCAGAGCUGUAACGAAACAUUUUGACAGCGCGACGUCUUUUUAAUUUAUUUGUUAUAAAAUAAUAAAUCUAGAUCAGAAGUCGCAAAUGCGAAAGGUGUAAAAUAACUUAAGAAAGAAUAUCAAUUUUAUGAAAUAGC